AUCGCUUCUUGUUGGUAUGUGUAGCGGCAGUGGCCGCCGACGGAGCAGUCUGAGCCCGACGAUGAGGCCGGGGACUGGAGCCGAGCGUGGAGGCCUCAUGAUGGGGCAUCCUGGCAUGCAUUACGCACCAAUGGGAAUGCACCCUAUGGGCCAGAGAGCAAACAUGCCUCCUGUACCUCAUGGAAUGAUGCCGCAGAUGAUGCCCCCUAUGGGAGGGCCUCCAAUGGGACAAAUGCCUGGAAUGAUGUCUUCUGUAAUGUCAGGAAUGAUGAUGUCUCAUAUGUCUCAGGCUUCCAUGCAACCUGCCUUACCGCCUGGAGUAAAUAGUAUGGAUGUAGCAGCAGGUGCAGCAUCUGGUGCAAAAUCAAUGUGGACAGAACAUAAAUCACCCGAUGGAAGGACUUAUUAUUACAAUACUGAAACAAAACAGUCUACCUGGGAAAAACCAGAUGAUCUUAAAACACCUGCUGAGCAACUCUUGUCUAAAUGCCCGUGGAAAGAGUACAAAUCUGAUUCUGGGAAGCCUUAUUACUAUAAUUCUCAAACGAAAGAGUCCCGCUGGGCCAAACCAAAGGAACUUGAGGAUCUUGAAGCUAUGAUCAAAGCUGAAGAAAGCAGCAAGCAAGAAGAAUGUACUACUACAUCAACAGCCCCAGUUCCUACAACAGAAAUUCCUACCACUAUGAGCACCAUGGCUGCUGCAGAAGCAGCAGCUGCUGUUGUUGCUGCUGCUGCAGCCGCUGCAGCAGCUGCUAAUGCCAAUACUUCCACCACACCUACUAAUACUGUGGGAAGUGUUCCAGUUGCUCCUGAGCCUGAAGUUACUUCCAUUGUUCCUGCUGUUGUCGAUAAUGAAAAUGCAGUAACUAUAUCUAAUGACGAACAAGCACAGAUUGCUAAUGCCACAGCCAUUCAAGAUUUAAGUGGUGACAUUUCCAGCAACACUGGAGAGGAACCAUCUAAACAAGAAACUGUAACCGAUUUUACUCCUAAAAAAGAAGAGGAAGAGAGCCAACCAGCAAAAAAAACAUACACUUGGAAUACAAAGGAGGAGGCAAAGCAAGCAUUUAAAGAAUUAUUGAAAGAAAAGCGGGUACCCUCUAAUGCUUCGUGGGAGCAAGCUAUGAAAAUGAUCAUUAAUGAUCCUCGGUAUAGUGCUUUAGCAAAGCUGAGUGAAAAAAAGCAGGCUUUUAAUGCCUAUAAAGUCCAGACGGAGAAAGAGGAAAAAGAAGAAGCAAGAUCAAAAUACAAAGAAGCUAAGGAAUCUUUUCAGCGUUUUCUUGAAAAUCAUGAGAAAAUGACUUCCACAACCAGAUACAAAAAAGCCGAGCAAAUGUUUGGGGAGAUGGAAGUUUGGAAUGCUAUAUCAGAGCGUGAUCGUCUUGAAAUCUAUGAAGAUGUUUUGUUCUUCCUUUCAAAAAAAGAAAAGGAACAAGCAAAGCAGUUACGAAAGAGAAAUUGGGAAGCCUUAAAAAACAUACUUGACAACAUGGCUAAUGUCACGUAUUCUACUACUUGGUCUGAAGCCCAGCAGUAUCUGAUGGAUAAUCCAACGUUUGCAGAGGAUGAAGAGUUACAGAACAUGGAUAAAGAAGAUGCACUAAUAUGCUUUGAGGAACACAUCCGGGCUUUAGAAAAGGAAGAAGAAGAAGAAAAACAGAAGACUUUGUUGAGAGAAAGGAGGCGGCAGCGUAAAAAUAGGGAAUCUUUUCAGAUAUUCUUAGAUGAACUACAUGAACAUGGACAACUACAUUCUAUGUCCUCUUGGAUGGAACUGUAUCCAACUAUUAGUUCUGACAUUAGAUUCACUAAUAUGCUCGGUCAGCCGGUUUUUUCAUUAGGAUCAACUGCACUUGAUCUUUUCAAGUUUUAUGUUGAAGAUCUUAAAGCACGUUAUCAUGACGAAAAAAAGAUAAUAAAAGACAUUCUGAAGGAUAAAGGAUUUGUAGUUGAAGUAAACACCACUUUUGAAGAUUUUGUGGCAAUAAUAAGUUCAACAAAAAGAUCAACUACUUUGGAUGCUGGAAAUAUCAAGUUGGCCUUCAAUAGUUUACUAGAAAAGGCAGAAGCCCGUGAACGUGAAAGAGAAAAAGAGGAAGCACGAAAAAUGAAAAGAAAAGAGUCUGCAUUUAAGAGUAUGUUGAAACAGGCUGCUCCUCCAAUAGAGCUGGAUGCUGUCUGGGAAGACAUCCGGGAGAGAUUUGUAAAAGAACCAGCAUUUGAAGACAUAACUCUAGAAUCUGAAAGAAAAAGAAUAUUUAAAGAUUUCAUGCAUGUGCUUGAGCAUGAAUGUCAACAUCAUCAUUCAAAGAACAAGAAACAUUCUAAGAAAUCUAAAAAACACCAUAGGAAACGCUCCCGCUCUCGAUCGGGAUCAGAUUCAGAUGAUGAUGAUAGCCAUUCAAAGAAAAAAAGACAGCGAUCAGAGUCCCAUUCUGCUUCAGAACAUUCUUCUAGUGCUGAAUCUGAGAGAAGUUAUAAGAAAUCAAAAAAGCAUAAGAAGAAAAGCAAAAAGAGGAGACAUAAAUCUGACUCUCCAGAAUCAGAUACUGAACGAGAGAAGGAUAAGAAAGAUAAAGAUCGGGAAAGUGAAAAAGACAGAAGUAGACAGAGAUCAGAAUCAAAACACAAAUCACCUAAGAAAAAGACUGGAAAGGAUUCUGGUAACUGGGAUACUUCUGGCAGUGAACUGAGUGAAGGGGAAUUAGAAAAGCGCAGAAGAACCCUUUUGGAGCAACUGGAUGAUGAUCAAUAAAUUAUACCAAAUAUAUGUUUAUAGUAUGAUUUAAAGUCUAAUUCAGACCAGGGAUUAUUUUAAGUUCAAUUUACAUAAUAACACUGGGUUUUAAUUGUGUCACAGGAAAAAAAAGUGCAUUUAUGUAUUGUUAUUGUGGACUUUAUAAAAGCAAAGGAAAUUGAAAAUAACUUGAUUCUGUAUCAAGAAUCAUAUUUUCCUACGGUCAUAACUGUCUUUCUGUGACCCUUUCCUAGGGCACUGCAGGAUGGAUUAAAAGUGGCAAUUUACUGAUAGCUGCAGACGUCUCUACUUUGUUCUAAGUCAUGAGGGGAUUUGAUUUACUUUAUAGAAGUUGGAUUUUGAAGAUACAAUGAACAUUUUUUUUGAUAAUGUAGUACAAAAAAAAGCACCAGCAACCCAUGAUAAGAAUGCUUUUUUGUGCACUACUGAACUGUUGAAAGCCAACAUGAUCUUUUAUGGUGAGCUCUUAAGAAAAGGUGUUUUUGAUGGAAACUUGGUAGACCUUUCACUGGCAGUGCUCAUGAGCACUGCUGUAAUAAAGCCACCAUUAUUUUUAUGAAACAUCUGAAUACAUUUUAAAAAGGCUAUGAGGGCAUUAUUUUGAGCAUCUAUUUUGAGGUGAUGUUUUAAAAUAGCUAACAUCAAAUCAAAUUGUAAAUUACUUUAAAUAUAUUGCCUUAAGGACCUACUAAAGAAUGUGCCACCAAACUUUUGAGUGAUAGUUGAAAUAUCCUUGUAGUAGGGGGAAGAAAAAUCAAUGUUGACUUAAACAUUUUCUUUGAAUUUUUAAUCCAAUCUUUCUCUUUCACUUUUUUUUUUUUUAAAUUCCAUUGAGGAGGUUGUAAAUUGCCUUCCUUACUCACUGAGAAGUAUUGACUCCAUGGUACACAGUCUAAAGCAUUUCUUAUUUCAAUAUUUUUGUACAUUUUUAUCUAUUAUUAAACCUUCUCUUGUAGUGUGCACUAGUGUUUAUUUCUACAUAAACUACUCAGCUCUAAGGAAAUUGUAUGAUCAUUUACAAGAUAAUAAAUCCCUAAAAUUUUGUUUCAUCCUACCAAUGGUAGCUACAUUAAUUUCCUUUUAUAAUAUUUAUGAAUAUAAAUCUGUGCAUUUGAGGUCCUUAGUGUUUUCACUUAUAAAUUUCCUAUGGAAUAUUUUAGAAAGGCAAUGGCUUAAGAUAGAAUACUCUUUACAUGCUAACUUUUGAAGGUUAGUAAUGUGAUUUAUACUAUUUUCCUUCAGUGCAGGAGGGCUUUGGUUUUGUAUGUGUGUAUGUUUUUGUUUCUUUGUUUUUUUUAAGUAUUCAGCACUUAGUCUUCAGUAUUAGGUAUUAUCUUGGUUCUUUUAAUUUGGACUUGCUGAGAUUGUCUCUUUCAAGCUGAGAUUUAGAUAGAACAUAAAUUGUUUCAUUGCCCUAAAAUGAGUUGGGACAGAUCAGUACAACUGUUUUUCCAUCCUGUCCAGUGUUUUAAUUAAAUCUAGUGGUCACUUUAAAAACUCAGAAAAGGGAGAUACUUUGUUUCUAAACUUCUCAUUGCCAUGCCAUUUUCUGUUAUGAAAUAAGACAUGACUUUGUGAAAAAGAUCAUUAUCUUUGAGGAAAUGUGAAAUAAUCAAAGUGCUUGCUUGAGAUUAGUUCCCCAUUAUAUGUCACUCAAGAUAUCUAACAACUUUGGCAACAGAACUUCCUUGAAUUUGAUUGUCAGAGGUCCCAAUUUAGCAGUAGUGAAGAUUGCUAAUGAGUCUGAACACUUGACAUGGAGGUCAGAGAGAGUCUUUAAAUCAUGGAUAUGAUAUUGGGAGGUAAACCAGUAAUGUUUGAUAAGAAAAAUUAGAAUCUGUAAAACAUGUUUUAAUUCCAUGAAUAAUUUUUAAAGUACAACUUUAAAUUUUUGAUAUAUUUGAAUAAAAAGCUAUUGAUGUGUUUUGUUUUAGCAUGUCCUCAAAAUAGAUUUCUGUAUUUCUUAUAAUUUCUUCAUAUUUUCCGAUACCUAUAAAACAUAAAUUAUCCCUGCAGUUAACCUAUGCAAACCAGACAUAGCAAAAAAUAUAAGUGAUUAUCUUGAUUAAACAGAUUUUUAAAGGCAGUUCUUGUGUUACUGCAAACAGAUCAAUAUCAUAACAACCCUAUUGAUUUAAAUAGAAGUUUUAUCUCAGUGUAUUGAAUUUUUACUUUAGGAAACUGGAACUGUAAUAUCCUUGCUAUAAAACAUGUAAAUCAAGUCUAUUCCAUUGUCUUCUCUUGAUUAUCCCAUUCAACGAACUUUAGUUGUUAGAAAAAUGUAGUGUGAAGGUACUACAUCUUUGAAUAUUUUAAAUCCACUAGAUAUUUCUAAAUCUUGAAAAGAUUUGGCAAAACUGACUUAACUUUGAAUAUUUGUUCUUCUAGAUUUGAAUCUGAUUUAUUCAAAUGGGAAAGAAUUUGUUUAUUUCAGUUAAGACUAGGGGCUCUGAUGUUGAAACUUAAUUUUUUCUCAGCAUCACUAUUAUUAAGCUUGCUAAUGUAUUUAAUAACAGGCAAAAUUUUGACCUUGAAUAUUUGAUACUCUUAUUUUCUCCUAUUCCAUCCCUUUUAUGUUGGGGAAAAUUUGUAAGAGUAGUCAGUGUGACCAAUUUAGCAUGAGGAUAAUUUCCAAUCCUCCCAAAUGAAUUUAAAUACUGUGACAGGACUAUCAAUUUUCAUUUUUAAAAUGUUACUGUUUAUUUCAACAUGUAAAACUUUCUGUGUCUUCUGGUAAGUUUGAUAAAUGACUAGUUACAAUUAUUUCAUCUUUUGGAUUUUUAAGUGGGGCCUGGUGUUGACUAGCUGUGAAACAAAAAACGGAUAUUCCUAGAGUAAGGCAAUCCAUUUAGAGUGCUAAUAGCAACUAAAAAGCCUAUGUGUGUUUUUCUGUGAACUAUACGUAGUUCCAGAUUGUAGUGUGCCUCUUUCAUUCAUUUAUAUGCUUUACUAACAUUUGCUAAAUGCUCCUGGUUGUACUCCAGUGCUAAAAGUUGACUAAGUGUUCAUUAGAUUUUUGGAUCCAGAAGAGGAAAAUUGGAUUUACAUUUUAUUUAAGCAUUCUAAUCAGAUAAUACUUAGGGAAGAGUUAUGAAGAAUGGCUUGAAGAUUAUAGAAUUUUAACAUAAAAUGAUGUAUAUACUUAAAAAAAAAUUUUUAAGUUUUAAAAGCAAUCUAACAAAAGUGAAAACAAACUAGAGUUAAUUCCUUAAAUAUAUUUUCCUUUGAGGAAUCUCUCAGUACCAGAUUUUUAAUUGAACCCACCUUCCUCUUCUAAGUUAAACUACACUUGAUUUAUUUACAAAAAUGGAAAGAAAAUGAUGCUAUGAUUUUUUUCAUGGAACUACAAAAUAGGAUAAUGGCAUUUGCCAGAAUGACAAUGAUUAUUUUCUAUUUAAUCCACCAUUUAUUCUGAUGUCACUGGUAGUCAACAUGAAUUCCUCACCUGGGAUUUAUCUCUUUCACUACUCUGUGUGUGUGUGUGUGUGUGUGUGUGUGUGUGUGUGUGUGUGUGUGUAAGUAAUCUGUUAAUUAGGACUGUACCUGGCACACAGUAGGCACUUAACAAAUAGAUGUAAAUUAUCAGUUGAUACAUGUCAUCUAGGACCAUAGCAUCCCAUCCUCCAUAUUGAUGGGCUUAAACCGGCAUCAUUCCAACUAAACCAUACAACUCAGAACUGAUGCCUCUUAAAAAAAAAAAAAAAAA